CCUGAGGUAAAAUGUUGCUUAUUUUAAGGCUCUUCGUUCUGAGGUCGAUAUAUAGAAAACACAUACCCUUUAUUGAUCAUCUGAUGUGAGAAAAUUGCAGAAGUGUUGCAGCAGAACAGUGAGAUGGACUCUGCUGUGAAGGACCCCCGUAAGCUCUUCCUCCUGACCACAGCGGGAAACUACUUCAGCCUGAAUCCGCCGUCCUCCCUGUCCGCCUGCACGGAGCUUAACAGCUUCCUAGACGAUGCCAACCAGUUUAUUCUGGCCGCCAGUAAAGAAGGAGGGGAGCUGCACUUCUCCGAUAAGGUGGACAGUGGUUGGGAUCAGGAGCGUCUGCUGGUGUUCUUUAAGCUGCGUCCAUGUGUGAUUACAGAGGAGAACGUGAGCAGAGCUGUGCUCGUCUCCUCCAUGCUGGAGUCUCCGGUCAGCACACUCUACCAAACACUCAGAUGGGUGUUCAACCCUGCACUAUUACAGGAUGAGAAAUGGAGCCAGGCGUUUGAUCCCAGGCUGCAGUCUCUGCUUAGUGAGCUGGAGGCGGGUCUGGGUUCUGUGCUUCGACACACAAACACUAAGGAUUCUGGAAAAAGGAGUCUUUCUGAGGAUGAUGUUCUAGGUAUUGUGACUCCGUGUGAUGAGUUCCAGUAUUGGGCGGAGGUGGGUCGUACGGCAGAGCGAAGCAGUGAGAGAGAGAGAGCAGCACACUUCUCUGAGCUGUUUAAACCCAUAGUAAAGGAUUACAGUAAUCUGGACAGUGUGAGUUUAGUGGAGGCUCUGGAUCUAGUGGAAAACACUCGAGACGUCCUGGAUGAUGUUUGGAAACAAGACGAACACAAACCCUACCCUGAGACUCGCAUGUGCAGACUCAUGGACGUCAUAGGUUCGUCUCUGGGCCGUUUCGUUCAGAAGAAGCUGUGUGUUCUGCAUCUGUGGGAGGAUCCGUAUCUGACUGUGAGAGAAAGUCUAAGAGAGGGCGUGGUUGUGUGCGAGCAAUGGGCGGCAGCCUGUGAGCACCUGACUGGACAGGUGUGGAAGCGUUAUUCACCGCACCUGUGGAAGGGGGAUAAGGUCCACCUACAGGGGCUUAACAGCCUCACACAGCGAUUGGAGGAGGUGUUACAGAUCCGGACAGUUCAGGAGAAGCUACAGCAUUUAUCAGCCAGGCAGCAACAGGUUUCUGCAUCCAGAGCGUUCGAGCCGUUCGCUGGACUCAAUCCUGUACUCUACAACCCUUACACUGAGCCUCUGUGGAGAGCCGCCGUGUCUCAGUUUGAGAGGGUGAUCUCUCCAGCUGAAGAGGAAGCAGCACGAAAGCUAAAGACGUACAUCAGAGAUGUACAGGACAGCCCUCAGCAGUGUCUGCAGGUGUUUCAGAAGCACAGAGAGAUCAUCAGACGGCCCACAGUGAGCAAAGCGCUCCAGUCAGAGAGGGAGGUUCUGCUGACACGACUGCACGACUACUGUAAAGGUUUGCGUGCUGAUUUUGAAAGCCGGUGUCACAGCGCUCCAGGAGAAAAGAGUGGACCUUUAGCCGGCCGGAACCUCCCUGAGGUCGUGAACAAUAUAGUGUGGGUCAGACAGCUGCUGAUGAAGGUGGAAAGCUCUGUGAAGAUGGCCGAGGCUCUGCUGUUGGAUCUGCCGGGGUUCAGUGCGUUUGUGCGUCUCUGUGCAGAUCUGCAGGAGCAGCUUAGGGCGUACGAGCAGGAGCAUUUCGAGGACUGGUCUCGGGAUCUGCUCUCAGGACUCGCUGAUCCCAAAUCUGGAAUCAGUUUGCAGGCAAGUAACCGCGUGAUGGAGCUGGAUCAUACGGAUGGAAAGCUGAAGAUCCAUUACUCUGAGAGGUUGGUGAGUUUGCUGCGGGAGGUAAGGCAGCUUUCAGCUCUGGGAUUCAGCAUCCCCAGCAAAAUCCACCAGGCCGCCGGCACCGCAGAGAAGUUCUACAGACAGGCUAUGAUCCUCAAACAGGUGGCUCAUUUCUACAACGUCAUCGACCAGCAGAUGAUACCGUCCCAGAGGCCGAUGCUGCUGAACUACGCUCUGGCCUUCGAGCAGGUCAUAAAGCAGAGUCCUCGUUACGAUGGGCGGGAUACGGGCGGGAAGCUGCAGAUAACGUGGGAAAAUGCCAAAGAGCUGGAGCUCUACAUCAAUCGGUUACAGAAUGCUGCCGAAAAGCUCUCCACAGAGAACAGGAAGCUCCGGAAGUGGCACACCAGUUUCACUGACAAGGUGGGGGCGUUAAUGAGUGUUGAUUUGUUGCGGCAGCAGCAGCGCUGGAAGGACGGCCUGCAGGAGCUCAGGACCGGCUUUGCCAUGCUCGAGUCACAGGGGAUCCGUGUGAGUGAUAUGCGAGCAUGGAGGCAGCACUGGAACCAUCAACUGUACAAAGCUCUGGAGUAUCAGUACCAGGUGGGCCUGGAGGCCCUUAACAAGAAUCUUCCAGAAAUACACAUAGACCUCGUCUUCAAGCAGGGCCGUCUGCAAUUCCGGCCGGCAUUUGAGGAGGUUCGGGCGAAAUAUUACCGAGAGAUGAAGCGUUUCAUCAGCAUCCCCAACCAGUUUAAAGGCGUGAGCGAGCUGGGGGAGGAAUCCAUCUUCAGCCGCAUGAUCGACCGCAACGCUGACAGCUUCCUCGCUGUCUACGGCAAGGCCGAGCAGCUCUUCAGCAGGCUGCUCAGCGUGCAGGACACGUUCAAGGAGUGGGUUGUGCUGGGACAGGUGGACAUGGAAGCUCUAGCGGAAAAGCACCUGCACAGCGCUCAGGACUGGGAGAGGAACUUCAAAGCCCUCAAAGCUAAAGGGAAAGAGUCGGAACGCCUGCCCAGUGUGGAGAAGGUGGACUGUAUCACAGUGAACUGUGAGCCAGUGAAGGCUGUGAUUGAUGACCUAAUCCAGAAACUCUUUGACGCUCUUCUGGGAACUCUGAGAAAAUCUAUCCAGAGUCACACUCAGGCCAUAGACUCAUUUGUUACCAGUGCAAUGGAGACGUUAUCUACACGACCAGAGAGUAUAGACGAGAUUGGAGAGGCCAACGGCAAACACAGCCAACUACAAGCCAAGAAACCUGAGGUUGUUCCUCAGUUCCAGCAGGCGGAGGAGAAGAACAGGCUGCUGCGCUCGGUGGCUGGAGGAGGUCUGGACUCCAUCAGCUCCCUCAGAGCCAAGUGGGACAAAUUUGAGCUCAUGAUGGAGAGCCACCAGCUCAUGAUCAAAGAACAGGUGGAGGUGAUGAAGGGGAGUGUGGCGUCCCGUGUGCAGGUGUAUCUGCAAGACCUGCAGAAGUUCCGCCUCCGCUGGGAUCAGCUCAAGCCCAGCCAUGAUGUCAUUGAGUCAGGUGACCCUGCCGCCCUGCAGCGCUGCCUGGACACUGUUCGGGAGAAGAAAGAGGAGUUUAACGAACUCGAGGAAACGCGCAUAAAACUCCUGGAUGACUGCAAGCACUUUGAUCUGCAGCCUCCAGAUGUUUCUUUGGCAUUCGACACCCUGAGGGACCUGCAGCAGUGUUCAGAGAUGUGGGCUCUUUACGAGGAGUUUCAGAGUGGACUGAACCACAUCGCCCAGCAGGACUGGAUCACGUUCAGGAGUAAGACUCAUGAGUUUGACGAGUUUCUGUUCGCAUGGCACGACCGUCUGAGGAAGCUGGAGGAGCACAGCACCAUGUCAGUUAUGCUGCAGAAGGAAGUGGACCAGUACAAGGCUGUGGUCCCUGUGCUGAAGUACGUUCGUGGUGAGCACCUUUCUCAGGAUCACUGGCUGGAUCUGUUCAGGAUCCUGGGGCUCCCCAGAGGAACCACGCUGGAGAGACUGACCUUCAGAGAUCUACUGCACGUCUCACACACCAUUGUGGAGAAAGCACUGGAGCUGAAGGACCUCAACAGCCGUGCUCAUGCAGAGGUGAGCAUCCGUGAGGCUCUGCGGGAGUUGGAGCUUUGGGGAGCCGGAGCUUGUUUUUCUCUUCUAGAAUACCGGGACAGUUCCGGAGCUCAGCUGAGCCUGAUCCGGGACUGGAGAGAGGUGUUCAGCCAGGUGGGGGAUAACCGCUGCCUGCUGCAGUCCUUGAAGGACUCGCCCUACUACCAGCGCUUCCAGGAUAAAAUCUCGCUGUGGGAGACUCGGCUGGCCGAUCUGGAUGACUUCCUGCACAGCCUCAAUGCCAUCCAGAGAAAGUGGAUCUAUCUGGAGCCCAUAUUUGGGCGCGGGGCGUUGCCAAGGGAACAGGCCCGCUUUCAGAGAGUGGAUCAGGACUUCAGGGCGAUAAUGUGUGACGUGCAGAGAGACAGCAGAGUGACAUCUCUGACGGUUCGAGCAGGAAUGAGGAACACUCUGGUCACUCUGCAGGACCAGCUGCAGCGCUGCCAGAAAUCACUCAACGACUUCCUUGAGGAGAAGCGUUCUGCGUUUCCUCGUUUCUACUUCAUCGGCGAUGAUGACCUGCUGGAGAUUCUGGGCCAAGCCACCAACCCCACGGUCAUCCAGACGCACCUGAAGAAGCUGUUCGCAGGCAUCCACGGUGUGGACUUUGACUCCAGCUUCAGCAGAAUCACAGCUAUGAGGUCACUGGAGGGCGAGGCGGUACCUCUGAGGAACACCAUCACCAUCUCGAGUGACGUGGAGGUGUGGCUCAGUGAGCUGGCGUCAGAAAUGAAGGCCACGUUGAAGUCCCUGCUGUGUGAAUGUGUGAGUGCAGAGAAGAGAGGAGGAGUCGACCCCAACCGCUAUCCCUCACAGAUCCUGUGUCUGGCCGAACAGAUCCAGUUCACCGAGGACGUGGAGAACGCCAUCCGGCAGCAGAACCUCCACCAGCUGGAGCUGGAGCUCAUGGCCAAGCUGGAGCACUACACCAACACAGACACCAGCACUGAGUCUGGAGAGUCCAGUGUUCUGCAGCUGAAGCUGAAGGCUCUGGUUCUGGAUGUGAUCCACAACCUGUCAGUGGUGCGGGAGCUGCUGGGGGCGCCGGUGAACAGCACUGAUGACUGGCUGUGGAAGAAGCAGCUCCGUUUCUACCUGAACUCGGAGCAGCGCUGCUCCAUUCACAUGGUGGAUGCCAUGUUCGACUACACCUACGAGUACCAGGGUAAUGCGCCAAAGCUGGUUCACACUCCUCUGACUGAUAAGUGCUACCUGACACUGACUCAGGCCAUGAGGAUGGGUUUGGGCGGGAACCCGUACGGCCCUGCCGGAACUGGCAAGACCGAGUCAGUCAAAGCCCUAGGGGGGCUGUUCGGCAGACAGGUGCUGGUGUUCAACUGUGACGAGGGGAUCGAUGUGAAGUCUAUGGGCCGUAUCUUCGUGGGGCUGAUGAAGUGCGGCGCGUGGGGCUGCUUUGACGAGUUCAAUCGUCUGGAGGAAGCCGUGCUGUCUGCCGUCUCCAUGCAGAUCCAGGCCAUCCAGAACUCACUGAAGAACCACACAGCCACCUGCCAGCUCCUGGGCAAAGAGGUGGAGCUGGAUCCGAACUCAGGAGUGUUUAUAACCCUGAACCCGGCGGGGAAGGGUUAUGGAGGGAGGCAGAAGCUGCCGGAUAACCUGAAGCAACUGUUCCGGCCGGUUGCCAUGACGACCCCAGAUAACGAGCUGAUCGCUGAGGUCAUCCUUUACUCGGAGGGGUUUAAGGAGGGGAAAGAGCUCGGACGCAAACUCGUCGCCAUUUUCAACCUGGCCAGAGAGCUGUUGACUCCACAGCAGCACUAUGACUGGGGACUGCGUGCCCUGAAGACCGUUCUGAGAGGAUGUGGGAGUUUACUGCAGCUGCAGAGGAAACAGCAGAACAACCAGAAUCAAAUGGUGAAGGAGAGUGCGUUGGUGGUCCAGGCUCUGAGGUUGAACACCAUGUCCAAGCUGACGUUUGCAGACAGUUCUAGGUUUGACGCUCUGGUCAGAGACGUCUUUCCUGGAGUGGACUUUAAGGAUGUGGAGUAUGAGGCACUAAGCGCUGCCCUGCUGGCCGCAUACGAAGAGGCACGCCUGGAGGUCAUACCCAGCCAGAUGAAGAAGGCUGUGGAGCUGUAUGAGCAGCUGAAGCAGAGGAUGGGUGUGGUGGUGGUGGGGCCGAGCGGGGCGGGGAAGUCGACUCUGUGGAAGCUGCUGAGAGCGGCGCUGAACCGACUCGGCCUGCAGGUGAAGCAGCACACAGUGAACCCCAAAGCCAUGCCUCGCCACCAGCUGCUUGGACACAUCGACAUGGACACGCGCGAGUGGACUGACGGGGUGCUCACUGCCUCCGCCAGACAGGUCGUAAGGGAACCGCAGGAGGUGAGUUCCUGGAUAGUGUGUGAUGGUGAUAUUGAUCCAGAGUGGGUGGAGUCUCUGAAUUCGGUUCUGGACGAUAAUCGGCUGCUGACGAUGCCCAGCGGAGAGCGUAUUCAGUUCGGACCCAACGUCAACUUCCUCUUCGAGACUCACGAUCUGAGCUGUGCCUCACCUGCCACGAUAUCCCGCAUGGGCAUGAUCUUCCUCAGCGAUGAGGACACUGAUGUAGGCUCUCUGCUGAAGGCGUGGCUGAGGAGAGAGGAUGAGCAGAGCAGAGUCAAUCUGGAGAACUGGAUCAAUGAUUACUUCCACCGAGCGCUGGACUGGGUCUUCAAACAGAAUGAUUUUGUGGUGGAGACGAGUCUUGUGGGCACGGUGCUGAAUGGAUUAUCCCAUCUGAGGGAAGUCUGUGAGAGGGGUCAGUUUGUGGUUGGUCUGAUUCGUGGACUGGGAGGAAACCUCCACUUUAAAUCACGCCAGGAGUUCGCUAAGGAGGUCCUGAGCUGGGCGAGAGAGACCCCUCCGGACCCUCGGAAGCCCCUGGAUGUGUAUUAUGACCCCGAUUCCGGCCGGCUGCGUGCGUACGAGCUGCAGCGUGGUGACGGAGUGUGUGUGGAGGACUUCAGUAACCCACACACACUCCCCGUCAUACACACUCCGGACAUGCAGCGCACGCUGGAUAUCUUCACACACUGGCUCCACUCUGGACACACACAGCCCUUCCUGCUGGUGGGACCGGAGGGCUGCGGCAAGGGGAUGCUGCUGCGGUACGCAUUCUCCAGGCUGCGCUCCACCCAGGUGGCCGUGCUGCACUGCAGCUCCCAGACGUCGUCCCUGCAGGUGUUACAGAAGCUCUCCCACACCUGCGUGUGUCUGAGCUCCAGCACAGGACGGGUUUAUCGCCCCAAAGACUCUGAGACGCUCAUCCUGUACCUCAAAGACAUCAACCUGCCCAAACCAGACAAGUGGGGGACCAGCAACCUCAUCACAUUCCUGCAACAGGUGUUGACGUAUCAUGGCUUUUAUGAUGAGAAUCUGGAGUGGGUAGGGUUGGAGAACAUUCAGAUCGUGGCCUCCAUGUCAGCAGGCGGCGCUUUGGGUCGGCACAUGCUCACAUCCCGCUUCACCUCUAUAGUGCGAAUCUGCACCAUCGAUUAUCCUGACAGGGAGCAGCUGCAGACCAUCUACAGUGCCUACCUGUCUCCUGUGCUGCAGAGAACUCUGGAUAGUCACCCUACCUGGAGCUCGGCUGGCAGGGUCCACCAGCUGGCUGGGUCAUUGGUGCAGGUGUAUGAGCAGGUGAAGGCGAAGUUCACUGUGGACGAUCACAGCCACUACCUGUUCACUCCAAGUGUGCUGACUCAGUGGGUGCUCAGCCUGCUCAGAUACGACCUGACUGCAGGUAAGUGUGUUUCUCCUGCAGACUCUGUAUUGGAGGUGAUUGCGUACGAAGCUCGCCGGCUGUUCAGGGACCGACUCGUCUCCAGUAAAGAUUUAAACACGUUCGAUAACAUCCUGAGCUCCGUCAUCAGAGGAGACUGGAGCUCUGACGUGCUGGACAACACGUCAGACACGUUCUUUGUGACCUGGGGUGCAAGUCACGAGGGGCGGAGCCAGAAUCAGCCCCUCCCCCCUAACGGCAAACCUCUUGGCCGCCUCAACACCGUCGAUCUCACUGAGGUCAUCCGCAAGGGUGUGAUUAUGUACGGCCGUGAGAAUCGUGAGCUGGACCUGCUGCUGUUCCCAGAAGUUCUGGACUUUAUGUCCAGAGUGGACCGUGUGCUGGGCAGCCCGGCAGGGUCGCUGCUGCUGGCAGGUCGGAGCGGAGUGGGCCGCCGGACGGCCGUGUGUGUGGUCAGCCACAUGCACGGAGCCACGCUUUACACACCCAAAAUCUCCCGCUCCUACGGCCUCAAACACUUCAGAACUGACCUCAAAACGGUGAUGCAGUUGGCUGGUAUAGAAGGUCAACAGACGGUGUUGCUGUUGGAGGAUUAUCAGUUUGUUCAUCCCUCCUUCCUGGAGAUGGUGAACAGUCUCCUGUCCUCAGGUGAGGUUCCUGGUCUGUACUCUACAGAAGAGCUGGAGCCGUUACUGUCGUCUCUGAAGGACCAGGCAGCUCAGGACGGCUUCACUGGACCCGUCUUCAACUACUUCUCACACCGCGUGCAGCAGAACCUCCAUGUGGUGUUGAUAAUGGACUGCACUAACGAACACUUCACCAUCAACUGUGAGAGCAACCCGGCAAUGUACAGGAAGUGCUCGGUACAGUGGAUGGAGGGAUGGUCUGAGAGCAGCAUGAAGAAGAUCCCUGAGAUGCUCUUGGCUGGAAUGGGGGAUCAGGAGGAGAAGAGCUCAGAGAGAAAGAAGAAGAACAGAUCAGCCUCUGUGCAUGCCGAGCUCUUCCGCUCGUUCCUGAUGAUCCACGAGUCAUGCCGUGAGUUCGGAGCCACACCCAGUCAGUACCUGAGCUUCCUCAGAGUGUACCAGUCCAUCUACAGCGCCAAGCAGCGAGAGCUCACUCAGAGACAGCAGCACCUGCAGGCGGGUGUGGCUAAGCUGAACGAAGCGAAGUCAUUGGUUGAUGAGCUGAAGCGGCGGGCGGCCGAGCAGAGCGUCCUGCUGAAGACCAAACAGGCCGAGGCUGACGCUGCCCUGCAGGAGAUCACGCAGUCCAUGCAGAACGCGAGUGAUCAGAAGACGGAGAUGGAGAAGCUGAAGGGGAAGAUGGCGCAGGAGGUGGCCAAGAUCGAGGAGCGGAAGGAGAAGAUCGAUGAUGAGCUGAAGGAAGUGCAGCCGCUGGUCGACGAGGCAAAGCGUGCGGUGGGGAACAUAAAACCUGAGUCCCUGUCGGAGAUCCGCUCGCUGCGCAUGCCCCCCGACGUCAUCAGAGACAUCCUGGAGGGAGUGCUGAGGCUCAUGGGAAUAUUCGACACCUCCUGGGUCAGCAUGAAGAGUUUUCUGGCAAAGCGCGGAGUGAGAGAGGACAUCGCCACCUUCGACGCCCGGAACAUCACCCACGAGAUCCGGGAGAGCGUGGAGGAGCUCCUGCACCGCAACAAGGCCUCCUUUGACCCCAAGAAUGCGAAGCGUGCCAGUGCGGCUGCCGCUCCGUUAGCUGCAUGGGUGAAGGCUAAUGUCCAGUAUUCUCACGUUCUGGAGAAAAUACAACCACUGGAGGCCGAACAAGCCGGACUGAUAGAAAAUCUGCGUAAGACAGAGAGCCGUAAGAAUAAACUGGAAGCUCAGCUCAACUCUGUUGGGGAAAAAGUUCUGGAGCUGAAAGAGAAGUUUCAGUGUCGUACUACCGAGGCAGCAAAGCUGGAGGCUGAUGUGAGCAGAGCUCAGGAGACCAUCAGCGCCGCGGAGAAGCUCAUCCACCAGCUGGAUGGAGAGCACACGCGCUGGAGCUCACAGGUGGAUGAGAUCAGUGAGGAGUUGGACACUCUCCCUAAACGAGUGCAGCUGGCAGCAGCUUUCAUCACCUACCUGUCUGCUGCACCUGAGGACCAGCGCAGGGCCAAACUGCUCACCUGGAUGGAGAACUCUGGACUACAGAAGUUUGACCUGCGUCACUUCCUGUGUUCUGAGAGUGAGCAGCUGAUCUGGAAGAGUGAAGGGUUGCCGUCUGAUGACCUGUCCAUGGAGAACGCUCUCGUUAUUCUGCAGAUCACUGCACUAAAGACCCGGAGCGUUGCAUGUCCGUUCCUGAUUGACCCCUCCUCUCGAGCCACAGAGUGGUUGCGAACUCACCUGAAGGAGCAUCGGCUAGAAGUCGUCAACCAGCAGGACUCUAACUUUAUCACAGUGUUGGAGUUGGCGGUGCGUUUUGGUAAAACACUGAUAAUUCAGGAGGUUGAUGGAGUUGAGCCGGUGCUCUACCCUCUACUGCGCAGAGACCUGAUCGCCCAGGGUCCUCGCUAUGUGGUGCAGAUCGGAGAUAAAGUCGUUGAUUAUAACGAGGAUUUCCGUCUAUUUCUGGCAACCCGCAACCCCAGCCCCUUCAUCCCCCCUGAUGCUGCUUCCGUGAUAACUGAAGUGAACUUCACCACCACAAGAGCGGGGCUGCGGGGGCAGCUGCUGGCGUUGACCAUCCAGCACGAGAAGCCGGAGCUGGAGAGCGAGAAAACUAAAUUGCUGCAGCAAGAGGAGGAGAAGAAGAUCCAGCUUGCGCUGCUGGAGGAGUCGCUGUUAGAGACUCUGGCCACAGCUCAGGGGAACAUUCUGGAGAAUAAAGAGCUGAUUGAGUCUCUGAACCAGACGAAGGCAAGCAGUGCUCUGAUCCACGACUCUCUCUCAGAGUCUCACAGACUGCAGACAGCCCUCGACCAGGAGAGGGAUGCAUAUCUCCCGUUAGCUGAGAGGGCCAGUAUGAUGUAUUUUGUAAUAACAGAUCUUUCCCGCAUCAAUAACAUGUACCGCUUCAGUCUUGCCUCCUUCCUGCGCAUCUUCCACAGAGCACUGCAGACCAAACAGGAGAGCGAGAGCACUGAGGUCAGGAUCGCCACUCUGGAGGCGUCUCUGAAGAGCAUGGUGUAUGAAUACGUUUGUCGCUCACUCUUUAAGGCAGAUCAGCUCAUGUUCGCGCUGCACUUUGUGAAGGGGAUGCACCCUGAGCUGUUCCAGGAGAGCGAGUGGGAUGCGUUUACUGGACUGAUAGUAGCAGAGAUGGUCAGAAAAGCGGACUCUCAGAGGUCCUUACAGGAACAGAUUCCUUCUUGGGUCGAUCAGGAGAGACUCACAGCUUUGGCUUUACUCAAGACCACGUUUCCGGCGCUGUAUCAGUCUCUGUGUCUGAACGAUGCAGAUCUCUGGCUGUCCUUCUCUCAGAGCUCCACCUGCGAGCAGGAAAUUCCUCCAUCCAUCGCAAAGAAGAUCUCUCUUUUUCAGCAGGUGCUGGUAGUGCAGGCACUGAGACCAGACAGACUCCAGAGUGCCAUGGCAACCUUCGCCUCUCGAGCACUGGGAAUGAAGGAGCUCUCUCCUCCACCUCUGAACCUGCGGCGCGUGUACGGAGAGACGAUGGAGACGGAGCCGGUCCUGUUAAUCAUCUCUCCAGGAGCUGAUCCAUCACAAGAGCUGCUGGAACUUGCCAGCGACACAGUGGGGCGAGAGAACUACCAUGAGGUGGCGAUGGGGCAGGGUCAGGCAGACGUAGCUCUGCAGGUUCUGAGAGAGUGCGUCCGGAACGGAGAGUGGCUCUGUCUGAAGAACCUGCACCUGGUCACUGCAUGGCUCCCCCUGCUGGAGAAGGAGCUAAACAGCAUGCAGCCCAAAGCAGGGUUUAGACUGUGGUUGACUGCGGAGGUCCACUCCAACUUCACACCUAUUCUGCUGCAGUCCAGCCUCAAGAUCACGUAUGAGGCUCCUCCUGGUCUGAAGAAGAACCUGUUGAGAACGUAUGAAUCAUGGAGCACUGAUCAGAUCAGUAAAGGAGGGCAGGUGGCUCGAGCUCAGAGCUUAUUCUGUCUCGCCUGGUUCCACGCUGUGUGUCAGGAGAGACGCAAGUACAUACCGCAGGGUUGGACUAAGUUCUACGAGUUCUCACUAUCUGACCUGCGGGCUGGCUUUGACAUUAUUGACCGACUGUUUGAAGGUGGGAAGGUGUUUCAGUGGGAGGGUGUACAUGGUCUGUUGGAGAACGCAAUCUACGGUGGCCGUGUGGAUAACGUGUGUGAUCUGAGGGUUCUGCGCUCAUACCUGCAGCAGUUCUUCAGUACACACACACUCACACACUCACGCAGCAGGAGAACACACACAUUCCCCGCUCAGAUCACCCUGCCCAGCUCCUGCAGCACAGCCGAUUACCGCAGUGUGGUGGAGAACCUUCCAGAAGACGACAGGCCCAGCUUCUUCGGACUGCCCACCAACAUUGAGCGCUCGGCCCAGAGAAUCACCAGCACACAGGUGAUCUCUCAGCUGAGAAUCCUGAGCAGGCCGGUGGCCGCAGGCUCAAAGUUUGACCGAGAGGUUUGGUCCAGCGGCCUUUCACCUGUCCUCAACCUGUGGAAGAGACUCAACCAGGGUUCCACUCUGAUCCAGCAGAAAGUUUCUCCUCCCACUGAAGCCGUCGGUUCGCCUGUGCUGUCGUUCGUCCAGCUGGAGCAGUUUAAUGCUAUCCGCUUGGUCCAGAGCAUCCACCAAUCGCUGGCUUCGCUCAGUAAAGUGAUCCGGGGCACCUGCCUGCUCACAGCCGACGUCCACAAACUGGCCACUGCCCUGCUAAACCAGGAGUGUCCUCUGACUUGGCAGAGUAAGUGGGAGGGUCCAGAAGAUCCGAUGCAGUAUCUCAGAGCUGUAGUGGCCAGAGCUCUCGCUGUGCAGAGCUGGAUGGAGAGAGUAGAGAAGAACACACUGCUGAGUGACAUUCUGGAUCUUUCUGAACUUUUCCAUCCGGAUACCUUCCUCAACGCCCUCAGACAGGAGACCGCCAGGUGUAUGGGCUGCUCUAUGGACAGUCUGAAGUUUGUGGCAUCGUGGAAGAGUCAGAUAGCUGGAGCCAAACUACAAGUGAAGGUUGGGGGGCUACAGUUGGAGGGCUGUAUGUUUGAUGGAAACCGUCUGAGUGAGAACCAGCACGAUUCUCCCAGUGUGUCUGCCGUACCUGCAUGCUACAUGGCCUGGAUUCCACAGAGUGUUUCAGGUAGUUAUUCCCCGGAGGAGUGUGUGUGGUUGCCAGUUUAUACGAGUGCGGAGAGAGUGCGUGUGGUCACUAAUGUCCAGCUGCCCUGCGGAGGAAAUCAGGACCAGUGGAUCCAGUGUGGCGCUGCACUGUUCCUCAAACAGCAGUAACACAUAGUCCAUGUGAGUUAAAUUAUAAUGUUGUACAAAAUGAGUAAAUCUGUUUAAAUAUUUAAAAUGUCUUUAUAAAUUUGUCACCAAAGGCUGUAUUUUACUAAUUGGUUUAUGAGCUUUGUAUUUAAGAAUGUUGUGCUGGUAAAAUUCUUCCACUCCUGGGAAAUAAUACACCAAAUAAAUAA